UAGACGAAAAUACAGGGAGUGCAAAAAAAACAAACGAGAAAUAAUCCAAAUCAAAAUCGUGGUUGCCGAAGCAUUAUUUUGUAUAAACAGCAUGGAGUAAACAAAUAAGACAAAUUGGUGCACACGAGGCAUAUUGAAAACUAUUUUCUAGAGCGAAGAAAGUGAAGACGUUCAGUCCGCUUACACUAGAGACGUGUGUAAAAUCUUGAGUGGUUGGAAAACGCGACUUGCCAAUCAACUUUUUGGCAGAAAACUUUCCUUGGACAAUUUUUAAGGUUUCAAAAGAAUGAUUGAACCUGAGCCUGAGCCCGAAAAUGCAAUUUCUGAGGAAGAGAGACUUGCCCGAGAGGCAAUUCUCACUGAAAAGAUGGCCAAGAUGAGGGAGAAAAACGAAGCGAUAAGGAAGCGCUACAAUGAGGUGCAAGAAGACCUGAAAAAUGCCCAAGCCAUCAGCAGCCAGGUCAAAGUUGAGUCCGGCAGCGGCGAUGAUGACGAGGACAACAAACCCAUCCGAAAGGUUGUUAACAAGACGCCACCUAGAGAGAAAGACCGCGAGUCCAAAAGGUUCACACCGAGGAGGCAAAACUCCGAGCCAAACGCCGAAGGCACCGAACAGGCUGUUCCCGCAAGAUUUGUACACUCAUUUGGAGAUGGUGGAGGACCUCCUCCUGAUCCUGGGUACAAUUUUUUGGCAGACGAGGAACGAGAUGGUCCCAAGGACAACAAAGAUCAGAAGGAAAAGGCUGCUAACAAAAAUAACUCUUCAUUUUCGGGUCGUGGUGGAAGCUUUAAGCAACAGCAAAGAGGCCGUUUUCCAAGGCAAAGGGGUGGUCAAAGAGGAAACCGGCAGUACCAAGGAGAUGACGUCGGAAGGCCCCAGCGGGAGGGCGGUGGUGUCCAAGACAAAGACCAAAAGUGGCGUGAAGAACGUGCGGCCAUAGACGAAGCCCGAAUCCGUCGACAACAGAAUUCGGACGGCAACUGGCGACGCGAGUGGGACAACGAAAAGAGUGAUGAGCAGGAGCAGCCACCAACUCACACCCCCAACCAGUUCCGAGGUGGAAGAGGUCGAAGAGGAGGACCAGGGGAGAGAGGCGGUUUUAGAGACCAAGGCCAACCCCGAGGGAACGGCACAAAAUUCUUUUAUCAACAAAGAGGAGGAAGGGGAAAUUAUCAAUCGCAAGGCGAAAACCGUGAAAAUAAUUUUCAAGCAGGGGACAGGUGGGUCAGAGACACUUCAGCAGGACACCAAGGGCAUGGUGCUCAUCCGGAAGGAGCUCCUGUCAGAGAUCUCAGAGAUGUGUUAAGCUCUAGAAGAACAGGAGGCACAGGGCGGGUAGCAAUAGAGGGAAAUCAUUUUGAUCAUCAGCCAAAGCCGAGAAGGGAAAAUAGGGCGCAAGGCAGCAGCCGCCAUGCUGCUGACGAUGACGAGUGGGAAGACGUUGAAUGAGUGCUCACAACUAAUUGAUCUUACAGCUUUUGCCGAUAUCUCACUAGAGAUAGAUUUUCUAACUACUUCGUGUUGUAAUCUUAUGGUUUUAUAAAAUUAAAAUCGAACUAACGCAGCAAAAUGAUGUUAUUUAUAGAAACUCAAGAAAACAAUUUACGUAGCCUUUGCUUCGAUUUCCACCGGCUCCCUGUUCAAAGCUGCCGCCUCCUUCAUGGCUGCGUUUUCAGCUAACGAUUUCUGCCAGCAGUGCUCAAAAGGGUAGUGAUUCCUGGGCUCCUGGUGGGCAAGCAGCUCUUCGUCCCUCUCGUACUCGGCAAUUUGCUG